UUCUGGGGUGGGGGGAGGUUAGCGUUUCGUACUUUUCACUCCUGUUUCUUCUGUUGAAACCCCUCAGAUCUGUUUGUAAAAGAGGGGGUGAUAAGGAGAGCAAACAGUAGCAAAUAUUCUUGAUUUAUCAACAGGGGUUCCUGUCCUGCUCUCCCUCUGUCCAGCUGGGCUGGGCUCCCAGUGGUCUCUCGUCUGCACACUGUUUAGGUCCAUACCUGCUUAGCUUCAGCAACGUCACAGCACUGGUGCUCCCGAAUGAUUUGCUGUUUCCCUCUGCUUCCCCCUGCCCUACUUGUUACAGUUCCUAGGUGAAAAUUAAAACCAAGCCCUGUGUAUUGCUCUGGAUGGUGCUGACUUUGGACUUCACCAGGAAGCCUUUCUGGACCUGAACCAAAGAGUUCUGCACUGGGGGUGUCGUCAUGCAGAACAGCUUUGCAACAACAGCGUUGUUGGGAUUGCCCGCUGAUAAACCAGAGCUGAUCUGCAAGAUUGAGCCUGGGGAAGAGCCGUGGAUCUCAAAUGAGCAAGCCACUAGAGAAAGCAAGUUAGUAGGUUUUACAGCUGCUGAAACUCCAGAACCUGCGAUCACCCCCUACAGGCAGUACCGUGGCACCACGUGGACCUACCCUGAGGUCAUUGACCUCCUGGUCAUCUGGAGAGAACGGGAGAUCCAGCAGGAGCUGCAGAGGAGCCAUCGGAACAUUGAAACCUUUCAGGUGGUUGCCAGCAAGAUGGCCAAGAGAGGCCACAAGCGGUCAGCGCUGGAGUGCAGGUCAAAAAUCAAGACGCUGAAGAGGGACUAUAGAAUUGCCAAGGCCAACAACUCUCCAGGGAAAGGGCAUUUAGCUUGGCUGUUUUACGAUCGGCUUGAUCACCUGUUGGCGAAUGACGCUGACGUCCCUCCUCCAGAGAGACUGCCCAGUUUAAGCCACCGCGGGGUAUCUCUUGCCGACUCAAUAUCCCAGUGUUCCACCGAGGAGGAGGCUAUGAUGGAGGGGACUAAAGAAUGUAGUAGCCCAACCAGUCAGGAGAUGCUGGCUCUACGGACCCAAUUGCCUGCCAAGGUCUCCAGUCUGGGAGAUUGCUUUCCUGUGUCCUGCAUAAAGGAAGAAUCCCCCGACGAAAUGGCAGGGACGUCUCCAAUGGGAAUAGCAGAAGUCAGCAGUCCAGCUGCCCCCCUGCUGUCUGCUUUCUGUGAUAAACCAGGCAGCUCUGCCUCAACAGUAGAUGGGGCCAGAACACCUUCCCCUAGUCCCUUGCCUGGCCCUGCAACGUCUUACGCCACUGAGCGCCUCGCCAACAUCCGAAAACGGAAAAGGAAAAACAGACAAGACAUGGCCCUGGAAAUCACACAGGCAGCAGACAGAAGGGUUCAAGUUGCCACCGACAGAAUCCUGUCGGCUCUUGGCGAAUAUGCAAAGGCAGAUUUGGAGGACCGUGAGCGGGACCGUGUGGACACUGAGCAAAUCAUUGCACUCAUGAACCGCCAGACAGAACUGCUGGAGUCGCUGGUGCGAAAGCAGACUCAGACCCCGGCCCCAGUUUCCCCCGCUCUCACCCGUCAUACCCGGCUCCCACGGCUUGGGCAGCCCAACCAUUCUGCAGAGCCUUCUCCCUUGCGCUUGGGCGUCACCCGGCGGCCCGUUGCCAGGGCCCGGUACAGAAGGUGACUCCAGAGUUGCACAGUGUGAAUGGGGCUUGCGGGGAGGUGGGUGUCUUUGUAGUUCUGUUAGCAUGCGGGACAUCGGGGCUACAUUUAUAAUGGGUUGUGGCGUUCUUUUUCAGGAAUUUUAAAAUCUUUUUACAAUAAAUGAUUUUUAUUUCCCAAUUGUGUAAAUGGGGGGAGGGGGGAUUAAAGUAGGUGUGGUGUCUUUUUUCAUUGCUAGUUCUGGGAAAUGAUUUAUAUAUUAAAUUUUAUUUUGUUUGUUUGCCAUCUUCUCUCCUGAAGAAGCCCAGGGCGGCCAACAUAAACAAAACACUUAGCAACAAGAAGAAAAGCGUACUAAAAACAGUUUAAAACAGUCCAAAACACAAUUACAAUUAAAAACAUUCCAAAACACAGCUUUAAAACAUUUUCAUCAGUGAUCUUCAGGUUGCCAAGAACAAUCCUCUGCAGCCAUCAAAUGCCUGGGUAAAUAGAAACAUUUUCUGCUUCUUACUGAAAGUCAAUAGUGAUGGAUACAGACGCACUUCACUAGGGAGGGCAUAUCACAAAUAGGGAAUUGAUAUCCCUGUGUGUUGGAACUGAUAUCUGGAGAAAGUGGGGGAUUCACAGAGUAAGAUCCCACCCAAUAGCCUAGCUGGAUAUAUGUAUAAGAAUUAUGGACAGAAAUCCUGCCCGUAUUUGAAAAAAAGGAACUGGUAUACCCAGGAUAACCCCACCUUGCAAUUUCCUCAGGUAGGAACAUUUGACCUCAACAAAUUGGCUCAUUUGAGACAUAAUUUAGAAGAUCAACAUCCUGGCCAGAUGGAUACUUGGUACCUUUGGAAAGGCAAAGCUGAAAAACAACAUAAGUCUUUGAUUGCUAGCCACCAAAAUACUCAAUCUAAAUUGAAGGCUGAACUUUUGGCCUGUAAAGAGAAAUUGGACUCCAUGGCAAAAUUGGCACCGCCACCAAAUUAUCGGAGUACUCUGUAUCCUUCCCUGCUGUGUGCACCACCACCAUUGACUGAAGAAGACUGGCUGGACCUCUGGCGCGUAACGGAAGCCUCAGGCGCCUCAUCAUCCCUCACUCCCCAGAAAAUGCCCACGCACACAGCUCCAAUAACAUCCUCCCCAAUGUGUAAGGGAGCAACUACUGAAAAGGCCCUUUCACAGGCUCGGUCACAAUCGUAGGGUGCCAGAGGAGCAAUGAGUUUUUAUAACUGUUUUGGUAUUCUCAUUCAUAAGUUGUAUAGGUACCAUAGAAAUAGAUAUACUUUAUUUAGAUAGAAAUAUACAAUAUUUAUAACCAGUCCUUCAACAUAACAAUUUCAGGGCAGGGCACAAUAAAAUGUAGUUUAAAACAAUUCCACUACAAUAAUAAGAGAGCAAGUGAAACUUAGCGGUAUACUUGUUCUGCUAGUGAAAUGUUUUGUGUCAGCGGAAUAUUGUUGUGCAAGAGAAUUCAUAAGCAGGUUGCUGGUAACUGUGUUACAUAAUAGAUUGCACAAUCUGUUGCACAAAGAGUUUCCACUAGCCCAACUGUUGCAUUAGAUUCCUCUGUUGCGCAACAUUAAAACUUGCCCAUCGACUAGCGUAAGAGUCCUGCUAGUGGACAAAUAAUAUUGGCUAUAGCCCUAUGUAGCCCAAGCAGCACAAUCAGGAGGUAAUAACAGAUUUGUGGAAUAUCAAAGUUUGCAGAAGUCAAAAGAUCUUUUGGAGGGGGGGAACCCUCACUGUGUGUGUGUGUGUGUGUGUUUUUGCAGGGGGGAGAAACACCCAGAUAAGGGCAGCAUGCUCAAUGAUC